AUGAGAGUUGCUCAAACUACAUCUUAUAAAGCAAAAGAAUUCGCUGAAUAUCUACUUAGAAUUGGUAAUGAUACAGAAACAACAAUUGCAAACAACUUAAUUUGCCUUUCUGAUAAAAUAGUAAUUCAUUUACAAAAAGAUGAGGAUUCCAUUAAUUUAUUAACAAAUGCUAUGUAUCAAAAUCUCUCUGAAAAUGCUACAAAUACUUUGUUUAUGACAGAAAGAGCAAUACUAACCCCAUUAAACAGUGAUGUCAAUAAAUUAAAUGAAAAAAUAAUGACCAAAUAUUCUGAAAAACAAUGA